CAGAGAUGGAGAGCGCUGAUUGGGUCGGGCACGGCUGAGACCCGCCCAUGCCGUUUUCCUCAAACGCUGGGGCGGGAGGCUCAGGACGGAGCGCGGCGAGUCGCCGUCGGGGGGAGAGAUGUUGAAGUUCAAGUAUGGAGUGCGGAACCCAUUGGAUGCCAGUGCCUCUGAGCCCAUUUCCAGUCGGGCCUCCAGGCUAAAUGCCUUCUUCCAGGGGAAGCCGCCCCUCGUGACUCAACAGCAGCAGUCUGCCCUUUCCCGGGAAGGGAUAUUAGAUGCCCUCUUUGUUCUCUUUGAAGAGUGCAGCCAGCCUGCCCUGAUGAAGAUCAAACAUGUGAGCAGCUUCGUCCGGAAGUAUUCCGACACAAUAGCCGAGUUACGGGAGCUCCAGCCUUCAGUGGGAGACUUUGAAGUCCGGAGUCUUGUGGGCUGUGGUCACUUUGCUGAAGUGCAGGUGGUUAGAGAGAAGGCAACUGGGGAUGUCUAUGCCUUGAAAAUCAUGAAGAAGAAGGCUUUGCUGGCCCAGGAGCAGGUUUCAUUUUUCGAGGAGGAGCGGAACAUAUUAUCUCGGAGCACGAGCCCUUGGAUCCCCCAAUUACAGUAUGCCUUUCAGGACAAAAAUAACCUUUACCUGGUUAUGGAAUAUCAGCCUGGAGGGGAUUUACUGUCACUUCUGAAUCGAUAUGAGGACCAAUUAGACGAAAACAUGAUUCAGUUUUACCUUGCUGAGCUGAUUUUGGCUGUUCACAGUGUGCAUCAGAUGGGAUAUGUGCAUCGAGACAUCAAGCCGGAGAACAUCCUCAUCGACCGGACAGGACACAUCAAGCUGGUGGAUUUUGGAUCAGCUACUAAAAUGAAUUCAAAUAAGGUGGAUGCCAAACUCCCCAUUGGGACCCCAGACUACAUGGCUCCCGAGGUGUUGACCGUGAUGAACGAGGACCAAAGGGGCACCUAUGGCCUGGAGUGUGACUGGUGGUCAGUGGGAGUGGUCGCCUAUGAGAUGGUUUACGGGAAAACCCCAUUCACCGAGGGAACCUCCGCCCGCACCUUCAACAACAUCAUGAACUUCCAGCGUUUUUUGAAGUUUCCGGAUGACCCCAAAGUGAGCAGUGAGUUACUAGACCUGAUUCAGAGUUUGCUGUGUGGCCAGAAAGAGAGAGUGAAGUUUGAGGGUCUCUGCUGCCACCCCUUCUUCACCAGAACUGACUGGAAUAACAUUCGGAACUCUCCUCCCCCCUUCGUUCCCACCCUCAAGUCUGAUGAUGACACCUCCAAUUUUGAUGAACCAGAGAAGAAUUCGUGGGUUUCAUCCUCUCCGUGCCAGCUGAGCCCCUCGGGUUUCUCAGGCGAAGAACUGCCGUUUGUGGGCUUUUCAUACAGCAAGGCACUAGGGCUUCUUGGUAGAUCUGAGUCUGUUGUGUCGGGUCUGGACUCCCCUGCCAAGACUAGCUCCAUGGAAAAGAAACUUCUCAUCAAAAGCAAAGAGCUGCAAGACUCUCAGGACAAGUGUCACAAGAUGGAGCAGGAAAUGACCCGGUUACAUCGGAGAGUAUCAGAGGUGGAGGCUGUGCUUAGUCAGAAGGAGGUGGAACUGAAGGCCUCUGAGACUCAGAGAUCCCUCCUGGAGCAGGACCUUGCCACCUACAUCACAGAAUGCAGUAGUUUAAAGCGAAGUCUGGAACAAGCGAGGAUGGAGGUGUCCCAGGAGGAUGACAAAGCGCUGCAGCUUCUCCAUGACAUCAGAGAGCAGAGCCGGAAGCUCCAAGAGAUCAAGGAGCAGGAGUACCAGGCUCAGGUGGAAGAAAUGAGGCUGAUGAUGAGUCAGUUGGAAGAGGACCUCGUGUCCGCCCGGAGACGCAGUGAUCUCUAUGAAUCUGAGCUGAGAGAGUCUCGGCUUGCCGCCGAGGAAUUCAAGCGGAAGGCAACCGAAUGUCAGCACAAACUGAUGAAGGUAGUCAGCCACCCUCCAAGAGGGGACUUUGGGGGCACGGACCUGGAUGACCUUCACAAGAUGCAAGGCCACGCUGGCUCAAUGAGUGCUAAGGACCAAGGGAAGCCUGAAGUGGGAGAAUAUUCCAAACUUGAGAAGAUCAAUGCCGAGCAGCAGCUCAAGAUCCAAGAGCUCCAGGAGAAGCUGGAAAAGGCUGUAAAGGCCAGCACAGAGGCCACUGAGCUCCUGCAGAACAUCCGCCAGGCAAAGGAGCGAGCCGAAAGGGAGCUGGAAAAGCUGCACAAUAGAGAAGAUUCUUCUGAAGGCAUCAAAAAGAAGCUGGUCGAAGCCGAGGAACGCCGCCAUUCUCUGGAGAACAAGGUAAAGAGACUAGAGACCAUGGAGCGUAGAGAAAACAGACUGAAGGAUGACAUCCAGACAAAGUCCCAACAGAUCCAGCAGAUGGCUGAUAAAAUUCUGGAACUGGAGGAGAAACACCGGGAGGCUCAGGUCUCAGCGCAACACCUAGAAGUACACUUGAAACAGAAAGAGCAGCACUACGAGGAAAAGAUUAAAGUGUUGGACAAUCAGAUAAAGAAAGACCUGGCCGACAAGGAGAGCCUGGAGAACAUGAUGCAGAGACAUGAAGAAGAGGCCCAUGAGAAGGGCAAAAUCCUCAGCGAGCAGAAGGCGAUGAUCAACGCUAUGGAUUCCAAGAUCAGAUCCCUGGAGCAGAGGAUUGUGGAACUCUCUGAGGCCAAUAAGCUUGCGGCAAACAGCAGUCUCUUCACCCAGAGGAACAUGAAGGCCCAGGAAGAGAUGAUUUCAGAACUCAGGCAGCAGAAAUUUUACCUGGAGACACAGGCUGGCAAACUGGAGGCCCAGAACCGAAAGCUGGAAGAGCAACUGGAGAAGAUCAGCCAUCAAGAUCACAGUGACAAGAACCGGCUGCUGGAGCUAGAGACAAGGCUGAGGGAGGUCAGUCUGGAGCAUGAGGAGCAGAAGCUGGAGCUGAAGCGCCAGCUCACAGAGCUGCAGCUGUCCCUGCAGGAGCGCGAGUCCCAGCUGACAGCCCUGCAGGCAGCCCGGGCGGCCCUGGAGAGCCAGCUUCGCCAGGCAAAGACGGAGCUGGAGGAGACGACCGCAGAAGCGGAGGAGGAGAUCCAGGCGCUUACGGCCCAUAGAGAUGAAAUCCAGCGCAAGUUUGAUGCUCUUCGCAACAGCUGCACCGUCAUCACCGACCUGGAGGAGCAGCUGAACCAGCUGACUGAGGACAAUGCUGAACUCAACAACCAAAACUUCUAUUUGUCCAAACAACUUGACGAGGCUACCGGUGCCAAUGAUGAGAUCGUGCAGCUGCGAAGCGAGGUGGACCAUCUCCGCCGUGAGAUCACCGAGAGGGAGAUGCAGCUCACCAGCCAGAAGCAAGCACAACUCAGUGCUACUGACUUGCAGACGAUGGAGGCUCUGAAGACCACAUGCACCAUGCUGGAGGAACAGGUCAUGGACUUGGAGGCCCUAAAUGAUGAGCUUCUGGAAAAAGAGCGGCAGUGGGAGGCCUGGAGGAGCGUCCUCGGGGACGAGAAGUCCCAGUUUGAGUGUCGUGUUCGAGAGUUACAGAGGAUGUUGGACACUGAGAAGCAAAGCAGGGCGAGAGCUGACCAGCGGAUCACCGAGUCUCGCCAGGUGGUGGAGCUGGCAGUGAAGGAACACAAGGCCGAGAUUCUUGCCCUGCAGCAGGCUCUCAAAGAACAGAAGCUGAAGGCUGAGAGCCUGUCCGACAAGCUCAAUGACCUGGAGAAGAAGCACACCAUGCUUGAGAUGAAUGCCCGGAGCUUACAGCAGAAACUGGAGACUGAACGGGAACUCAAACAGAGGCUUCUGGAAGAGCAAGCAAAGCUGCAGCAGCAGAUGGACCUGCAGAAGAACCACAUCUUCCGCCUGACGCAAGGGCUGCAGGAGGCGCUGGACCGGGCAGAUCUGUUGAAGACAGAAAGGAGUGACCUGGAAUAUCAGCUGGAAAACAUUCAGGUUCUCUAUUCUCAUGAGAAGGUGAAAAUGGAAGGCACUAUUUCUCAACAAACCAAACUCAUUGAUUUUUUGCAAGCCAAAAUGGACCAACCGGCUAAAAAGAAAAAGGGUUUAUUUAGUCGACGGAAAGAGGACCCUGCUUUGCCCACACAGGUUCCUCUACAGUACAAUGAACUGAAGCUGGCCCUGGAGAAGGAGAAAGCGCGCUGUGCAGAGCUAGAGGAAGCCCUUCAGAAGACCCGCAUCGAACUGCGGUCUGCUCGGGAGGAAGCUGCCCACCGCAAAGCCACGGACCACCCACACCCGUCUACUCCAGCCACUGCGAGGCAGCAGAUUGCCAUGUCUGCCAUUGUGCGGUCGCCUGAGCACCAACCCAGUGCCAUGAGCCUGCUUGCCCCACCAUCCAGCCGCAGAAAGGAACCAUCAACUCCAGAGGAAUUUAGCCGGCGUCUUAAGGAGCGUAUGCACCACAACAUUCCUCACCGAUUUAACGUGGGACUGAACAUGCGAGCUACCAAAUGCGCCGUGUGUCUGGAUACUGUGCACUUUGGACGCCAGGCAUCCAAAUGUCUCGAAUGUCAGGUGAUGUGUCAUCCCAAGUGCUCCACCUGCUUGCCAGCCACCUGCGGCCUGCCUGCUGAAUACGCCACACACUUCACUGAGGCCUUCUGUCGUGACAAAAUGAACUCACCAGGUCUCCAGAGCAAGGAGCCCAGCAGCAGCUUGCACCUGGAAGGGUGGAUGAAAGUGCCCAGAAAUAACAAACGAGGACAGCAAGGCUGGGACAGGAAGUACAUUGUCUUGGAAGGGUCAAAAGUCCUCAUCUAUGACAAUGAAGCCAGAGAAGCUGGACAGAGGCCGGUGGAAGAGUUUGAGCUGUGCCUUCCUGACGGGGAUGUAUCUAUUCAUGGUGCCGUUGGUGCUUCUGAACUUGCAAAUACAGCCAAAGCAGAUGUCCCAUACAUACUGAAGAUGGAGUCUCACCCACACACCACAUGCUGGCCUGGGAGAACCCUGUACCUGCUAGCACCCAGCUUUCCCGACAAGCAGCGCUGGGUCACUGCCUUAGAAUCUGUCGUCGCAGGUGGGAGAGUUUCUAGGGAAAAGGCAGAAGCUGAUGCCAAAUUACUUGGAAACUCUCUGCUGAAACUGGAAGGGGAUGACCGGCUUGACAUGAACUGUACCCUGCCCUUCAGCGACCAGGUGGUGCUGGUGGGCACAGAGGAAGGGCUCUAUGCACUGAAUGUCUUGAAAAACUCCUUAACCCACAUCCCAGGAAUUGGAGCGGUCUUCCAAAUUUACAUCAUCAAGGACCUGGAGAAGCUGCUUAUGAUAGCAGGGGAAGAGCGUGCCCUCUGUCUGGUGGACGUGAAGAAGGUGAAGCAGUCCUUGGCACAAUCCCAUCUUCCCGCCCAGCCUGACAUCUCCCCCAGUGUCUUUGAAGCUGUCAAAGGCUGUCACUUGUUUGCUGCUGGCAAGAUCGAGAACAGCCUCUGCAUCUGUGCUGCUAUGCCAAGCAAAGUCAUUAUCCUCCGCUACAAUGACAACCUCAGCAAGUACUGCAUCCGGAAGGAGAUAGAGACCUCCGAACCGUGCAGCUGUAUCCACUUCACCAAUUACAGUAUCCUCAUUGGAACCAACAAAUUCUAUGAGAUCGACAUGAAGCAGUACACGUUGGAGGAAUUCCUGGACAAGAACGACCACUCUUUGGCACCUGCUGUCUUUGCAUCCUCAUCCAACAGCUUCCCUGUCUCCAUCGUGCAGGCCAAUGGAGCCGGGCAGCGGGAGGAGUACCUACUUUGCUUCCACGAAUUCGGGGUGUUCGUGGAUUCUUAUGGAAGACGUAGCCGCACAGAUGAUCUCAAGUGGAGUCGCUUACCUCUGGCCUUUGCCUACAGAGAACCCUAUCUGUUUGUGACUCACUUCAACUCACUGGAAGUAAUUGAGAUCCAGGCACGCUCCUCUCUGGGGACUCCUGCCAGAGCAUAUCUGGAAAUCCCGAACCCUCGCUACCUGGGCCCUGCAAUUUCCUCGGGAGCGAUUUACUUGGCUUCCUCAUAUCAGGACAAGUUAAGGGUCAUAUGCUGCAAAGGAAACCUUGUGAAGGAGUCUGGCACUGACCAACACCGGGUGCCCUCCACCUCCCGCAGCAGCCCCAACAAGCGAGGCCCACCAACAUACAAUGAGCACAUCACCAAACGUGUGGCCUCCAGCCCAGCGCCACCUGAAGGCCCCAGCCACCCUCGAGAGCCAAGCACACCCCACCGAUACCGAGACAGAGACCGAGAGGGCCGGGCAGAGCUGCGCAGGGACAAGUCCCCAGGUCGUCCCCUGGAGCGGGAGAAGUCCCCAGGCCGGAUGCUCAGCACCAGGAGAGAGCGGUCCCCAGGGAGACUGUUUGAAGACAGCAGCAGGGGCCGGCUGCCUGCAGGAGCUGUGAGGACCCCACUGUCCCAGGUUAACAAGGUCUGGGACCAGUCUUCAGUAUAGGUCUCAACCAGGAAAACCACCUCCUCAUCUCAGUCUGCAGGAAAACACAGCACCCUGGGUCUCUGCUGCAGGAAACCCCAGCGCCCGUCUGCUCAGCCCACAUCCAGCAUAGCUGGGACCAGACUGUCCUUGGACGGAUACCCCCAUCUCCAAGGGGUGCAGAUAGCCAAGGCUCUUAGGCGCUGCCAGCACUCAGUGCCCCCCCCCCCACGGGGUGGGGCCUUCCUGCAGUCAUCACAGUCAUCCUCUUUGCAAUCUGUUAUUCUUUCAGUCAUUCAGAGACUUUUGUACUGAGCUCCAGCCUGUACCAGUUCAUCAAAGGAAACCAACCCGGACACGAACUGUGGCUGGAAGUCUACCUGCUACUCUAAGAUCCUCGGGUUGGUUGGUUUUUCUUUGGUUUUUCUUUGAUUCUUUUAUUUCUUUUUCUUUUCUUCCUUCCUUCCUUCCUUCUUUUUUUUUUAAAGACAACAGAAUUCUUAGUAGAUUUGGAUAGUGAUGUAUUUCCUGUUGUAGUCGUUUUUAGCUAGAUCAUACCAUCAGGUCUUUGCCACUGAAACGUAGCAUAGAAGAGUCCCCCGUUGGUUGGCUAACCUCCCGUGUUCAUGUAGCUUCCAUUCUUGUUCUGGUCCAUUCUCAUAGAUGGCCCUGUUUUACCCAGGGUGACAUCGUAGCCAAAUGUUUACUGUUCUCAUUGCCUUUUAUGGCCUUGACAACUUCCCUUCCCACCAGCUGAGAAUGUAUGGAGGUCAAUGGGGCCUCAGCUUGAGGCAGUGACCUGGGGCCAAGGGACCUCAUCAAGCUCUACUCCCCUACCCCUCGGCGACAUCUACCCGACCUGCUUCCCCAGCUUUCCAUGUAGCUUUGGCCAGGAAAGCACGCAAUAGACUUGCUCCAAGCCCAGCAUUAAUAGGCCUUGGGGUUAGGCCUGGGACCCGGGCACCCACCUCCCAUUCUGAGGGUCGGUGCCUUGCUCCUCACUCCUCUGGAAUGGGGAGGAGACCUGUCUGGGAGCCCUGCAUGGCGGAUCACUGCAUGUGCUGCCCCUGACCUGGCUGACUCCUCCCUGGGUUGCUCUGCCAAUGUAUUGCUGCCAUCACAUAGCCCCACCAAAUCGACACCCUCUGAUGACUUGUCAACUAACCGGCCACAACAGGCUGCAGUCUGUAGCACUGAACAAACAAACAAACAAAAAUCGCUCAAGCCUUACGACCAGAGAAGGGUUUCAGCAAACCACACUUCUCCCUGAGUUUCCCCUCCCAUCUUCGAGUUCCCUGCUGGCUUCAAGGACGACUGUGCGUUCACACAAAAACCCAGCACGGUUCUACCCCACGAAACUGUGACUUCGCAGAUGAGCCUUUCCCUAGGGCUGGACCUAAGACCAGGACAUUGGAGAGAAGCCGCAGCUCAACUCUUCCAGCCCUGUGGGGCUGGCGAGUCCCCCCCUUAGGUGCAGUGCGGCUCACCCAGUCUCCCUCCACACUCUAGAGUGCCGAAUUCCUGGCAACCGGAUAGAACCAACUUAGAGGCUUUGCAGUUGGCAAGCUAACUAGCGGCCUUACUUCUGCCUUUAAUCUCCCACAAGGCCUCUUCUGCUUUGGAUUCUCCAUGACUCUUAGGCGUGCCUCAACAACUAAGGCACAUCCUAGGUAGGCUGAAAGGUAGACCUGUCCCCACCGCAGCAGGUGACCGUGUCUGUGUUUCCAGCCCACGUGUCCACAGUCCCAUGUCACUCCCCAGAUUACAACCUGACCUAAAUGCCGGCUCCUUCCUGCUCGUCUCUGCCCUAAGUGCUCUGUCAUUCGAGACGCCCGUGACCCUCCAUGUCCAGUGCCCUGCUGCUGCGUUCUGUGUUGCUCGGAAUCUUUGGGGUCAUGUUCCCUAUCCUCAUCCCCCCAGGGCAGAUCUGACUGACUAUUUGCUGAAGUUUUUGUCUCUCGGUCCACAAGUAUUUGGAAUGGUCACUGAUAACUGGUCUUCAGUCUUGGCAUUUCAUUUAGGACCUCCACGAGAAAUGGGCAUCUUGAGCCCUGACAGUGUAUAUUGCGUGUCUCAUCUGUGAAGUGCUUCCUGCUACAUAGAACUAGCUCAAAAGACUGUACAUAUUUACAAGAAACUUUAUAUUCGUAACAAAAAAAAAAGGAAAUUGAAUUGGUUUCUACUUUUUUAUUGUAAAAGGUGCAUUUUUCAACACUUUUUUUUUGUUUGUUUUCAACGGUGGCAGUUGUGGACAGCCAUCUCCGCGCAGGAGUGGGGAGCUCUCUGUGUGACCACCGAGAUGCCAGCAGGAAAUAAUUGUAACCCGAAAUCGCAGUCAAAAGCUUAUUAGCAUUAAUAAGAUUCUAGGUCUCCAAAAGUACAGGCUUUUUCUUCAUUACCUUUUUUAUUCAGAAUGAGAACACACGGGACAAUUCCAGAUCCACCUUGAGAGGAAUGAACUUGGUUGUUGAACAAUAGUGAAAUAAAGCAAUGAUCUCAGAA